AUGACAAGUCCUUCAGAACAGACGCUGCUUAUCACCGGCGCAAACGGCUUUCUUGCCGGCCACGUUAUUAAAGAGGCAUUGGAGCAAGGCUACGACAUCCGAGGCACAGUUCGCUCGCCAGAAUCUGCUAAAAAGAUUCGACAUCUUUUUGCAGAGUACGCCGAAAGAUUCUCAGUAUUUGUUAUUCGGGACCUUACUCAGAGAGAUAAUUACGAGAAUGCCUUUGUUGGGGUGUCUAAACCCAUUACUGGUGUCAUCAGUAUUGCCGCGCCCUUUACACUGAAAGUCGAAGAUAACUGUCGUCAGCUUCUCGAUCCAGCAAUUCAAGGCGCUAUUGCAAUGCUUGAGGCUGUCAACCUUUAUGGCCCCAGCGUACAACGUGUGGUAACGACUUCGUCGUUCACGGCCAUCAUUGACCUAUCAAAAGGUUUCCGACCAGGCCAUGUAUACUCGGAAGAGGAUUGGAACCCAAUGACCUAUGCAGAAGCCGCCAAUGCGGAUGCUGUGUCGGCGUAUUGUGCUUCGAAGGCUUUGGCUGAGAAAGCCAUUUGGGAUUGGAUGGAACAAGUACCACCUACCGAUUUUGCGGGCUUUGUUGACGUUCGCGUUGCUGCAAAAGCUCACAUAGAAGCAUACAAACGGCCUGAGGCAGGUGGACAUAGAUUUCUGGUCGCUUCGCCUUUCAGCUAUCAGGCCGCGGUAGAUGCACUCAGAGAGGAUAUUCCUGAGCUCGUAAACCGUAUUCCAGAAGGAACCAAAGGCAUGGACAUAUCUGACACGGUGUACAGCGUCAGUGGAAAGAAAGCUGAGAAGAUCCUAGAGAUUCAGUAUAUGCCUCUCAGAGAAUCACUGAGAGACUCUUUUCUAGAAUUGUUAGAAGCUGAGAGAAAGCUCGUUUAG